AUGGCUCAGUUUCCAACACCUUUUGGGGGCAACCUGGAUAUCUGGGCUAUUACUGUGGAGGAGAGAGCUAAACAUGAUCAACAGUUCCAUAGUCUGAAACCAACAUCUGGAUUUAUCACUGGUGAUCAAGCUAGAAACUUUUUUUUUCAAUCCGGGUUACCUCAACCGGUGUUAGCACAGAUAUGGGCUCUAGCUGACAUGAACAAUGAUGGGAGGAUGGAUCAGUUGGAGUUUUCAAUAGCUAUGAAACUUAUCAAAUUAAAACUACAAGGUUAUCAACUCCCAUCUGCACUGCCUCCUGUCAUGAAGCAGCCACCUAUUGCUCUGCCUAAUGCACCAGGAUUUGGUAUUGGGGGCAUUGCCAGCAUGCCAUCUCUUACAACUGUUGCCCCAGUGCCAAUGGCAUCUAUUCCAGUAGUAGGAAUGUCUCCACCAUUAGUAUCUUCUGUUCCUGCAGCAGCAGUACCUCCCCUGGCUAAUGGAGCUCCUGCUGUUAUACAGCCUCUGCCUGCUUUUGCUCAUCCUGCCACAUUGCCAAAGAGUUCUUCCUUUAGUAGAUCUGGUCCAGGAUCACAGCUAAAUGCAAAACUGCAAAAGGCACAAUCAUUUGAUGUGGCUAGUGUGCCUCCUGUGGCAGAGUGGGCUGUACCUCAGUCAUCAAGACUGAAGUACCGACAGCUGUUCAAUAGCCAUGAUAAAACAAUGAGUGGACACUUAACAGGUCCACAAGCAAGAACUAUUCUUAUGCAGUCAAGUUUACCCCAGGCUCAGCUGGCUACAAUAUGGAAUCUUUCCGAUAUCGAUCAAGAUGGAAAACUUACAGCCGAAGAGUUUAUUCUGGCUAUGCACUUAAUCGAUGUAGCUAUGUCUGGUCAGCCACUGCCACCAGUACUGCCUCCAGAGUAUAUUCCACCUUCAUUUAGAAGAGUACGCUCUGGUAGUGGCAUAUCUGCUGUAAGUUCAGUAUCUGUAGACCAAAGGUUACCAGAAGAACCAGCAUUAGAAGAAGAACAGCAGCAAGUGGAAAAGAAAUUACCAGUUACAUUUGAAGAUAAAAAACGGGAGAACUUUGAACGUGGCAAUCUAGAACUCGAAAAACGGAGGCAGGCUCUCCUGGAACAGCAACGCAAAGAACAAGAGCGUCUAGCACAGCUGGAACGGGCAGAACAGGAAAGGAAAGAACGUGAGCGGCAGGAGCAAGAACGUAAAAGACAACUGGAGCUAGAGAAACAGUUGGAAAAACAACGGGAAUUGGAACGGCAGAGAGAAGAGGAAAGGAGGAAAGAAAUAGAGAGAAGAGAGGCUGCAAAACGGGAACUUGAGAGGCAACGGCAACUUGAGUGGGAGCGUAAUCGUCGGCAAGAACUACUAAAUCAAAGAAACAAAGAACAAGAGGACAUAGUUGUUCUGAAGGCCAAGAAGAAGACCUUAGAAUUUGAGCUGGAAGCUCUAAAUGAUAAAAAAAAUCAGUUGGAGGGAAAGCUUCAGGAUAUCAGAUGUCGGCUGUCUACCCAAAGACAAGAAAUUGAAAGUACAAAUAAAUCUAGAGAACUGAGAAUUGCAGAAAUCACCCAUUUGCAACAGCAGCUACAGGAAUCUCAGCAGAUGCUUGGAAGGUUGAUUCCAGAAAAGCAAUUGCUUAAUGACCAGCUAAAGCAAGUUCAACAGAACAGUUUGCACAGAGAUUCUCUUCUCACUAUCAAAAGAGCCUUAGAAGCCAAGGAACUAGCACGUCAACAGCUUCGAGACCAGCUAGAUGAAGUCGAAAAAGAAACCAGAUCUAAACUUCAGGAAAUUGAUAUUUUCAAUAAUCAACUGAAGGAGCUGAGAGAAAUACAUAACAAACAGCAACUACAGAAGCAAAAGAACUUGGAAGCUGAGAGGCUGAAACAAAAGGAACAAGAAAGGAAGACAGUAGAACUGGAAAAGCAAAAAGAAACUCAAAGGCGAAUCCAGGAACGGGAUAAACAGCAGGUUGAUCGAGUGCAACCAGAAGAAGAACUUCAGUGGCCAAAAAAAAUGCAGGAAGAUGAAAAGCAAAAAAGGGAAGAAAUAACCAAGAAGAAGGAGAGUGAGGAUAAGGGGAAACAGGAAAUGCAAGAGAAACUGAGUAAGCUUUUCCAACCACAUCAAGAGCCAGUCAAGCCAGCUGUCCAGGCUCCUUGGUCAAAUGCAGAAAAAGCUCCCCUAACCAUUUCUGCUCAGGAGGAUGUAAAAAUAGUGUAUUAUAGAGCACUGUAUCCUUUUGAAUCAAGAAGCCACGAUGAAAUCACUAUUCAGCCUGGCGACAUAGUCAUGGUUAAAAGGGAAUGGGUGGAUGAAAGCCAGACUGGAGAACCAGGGUGGCUUGGUGGAGAAUUGAAGGGGAAAACUGGAUGGUUCCCUGCAAACUAUGCAGAGAAAAUACCUGAAAAUGAAGUUCCAGCUUCUGUAAAGCCAGCAGUUGAGGCAGCUGCUGCACCAAAAGUUUCUGUGCAUGAAACCACUACAUCGCUAGGAACUCCUGCUUCUACAGAGUGUACUACAACUACCAAUAACUGGGCAGACUUCAGUUCAACAUGGCCAACAAACACUAGUGAGAAAGCAGAGACUGAUAACUGGGAUGCCUGGGCAGCUCAGCCAUCUUUGACUGUUCCCAGUGCAGGACAGCUGCGGCAGCGAUCAGCCUUCACUCCUGCCACUGUUACAGGAUCAUCUCCUUCUCCUGUCUUGGGUCAGGGUGAAAAAGUUGAGGGGCUUCAAGCACAGGCUUUGUAUCCUUGGAGAGCGAAAAAAGACAACCACCUUAAUUUCAACAAAAACGAUAUCAUCACAGUUUUGGAGCAGCAAGACAUGUGGUGGUUUGGAGAGGUUCAAGGACAAAAGGGGUGGUUUCCUAAAUCAUAUGUGAAACUUAUUUCAGGCCCCAUUAGGAAGUCAACGAGCAUGGAUUCUGGUUCCUCAGAAAGUCCCGCUAGUCUGAAAAGAGUAGCAUCACCAGCAACAAAAGCAACUAUGUCAGGUGAAGAGUACAUUGCUAUGUAUACUUAUGAGAGUUCUGAACAAGGAGACCUAACUUUUCAACAAGGUGAUAUGAUUCUUGUGACAAAGAAAGAUGGCGACUGGUGGACAGGAACCCUGGGUGAUAAAUCAGGAGUUUUCCCAUCUAAUUAUGUGAGACUCAAAGAUUCCGAGGCUUCUGGAGCAUCUGGAAAAACAGGAAGCUUAGGGAAGAAACCUGAAAUUGCUCAAGUUAUUGCCUCUUACACAGCAACGGGUCCAGAACAGCUUACUCUUGCUCCUGGUCAGUUGAUUCUUAUCAGAAAGAAGAAUCCAGGUGGCUGGUGGGAAGGAGAGCUCCAAGCACGAGGGAAAAAACGGCAGAUAGGAUGGUUCCCUGCUAAUUAUGUAAAACUUUUGAGCCCUGGUACCAGUAAAACUACACCAACCGAGCUACCUAAAUCAACAGCAUUACCUUCAGUGUGCCAAGUAAUUGGCAUGUAUGACUACACUGCACAGAAUGACGAUGAGCUAGCAUUCAAUAAAGGCCAGAUUAUAAACGUCCUUAACAAGGAAGACCCAGACUGGUGGAAAGGGGAGGUGAAUGGACAAGUGGGUCUCUUUCCAUCCAACUAUGUGAAGCUGACAACAGACAUGGACCCAAGCCAGCAAUGGUGUGCAGACUUGCAUCUUCUGGAUAUGUUGACGCCUACUGAAAGAAAAAGGCAGGGAUACAUCCAUGAGCUCAUUGUCACGGAAGAGAACUAUGUAAAUGAUCUGCAGUUGGUCACAGAGAUCUUCCAGAAACCACUAAUGGAAUCUGAGCUGCUAACAGAAAAAGAAGUUGCUAUGAUUUUCGUUAAUUGGAAGGAGCUGAUUAUGUGCAAUAUAAAACUACUGAAGGCUUUGCGUGUGCGUAAGAAGAUGUCUGGAGAGAAGAUGCCAGUGAAAAUGAUUGGUGACAUACUGACGGCACAGCUGCCACACAUGCAGCCUUACAUUCGAUUCUGUAGUUGCCAGCUCAAUGGGGCGGCGCUCAUCCAGCAGAAAACAGAUGAAGUCCCUGAGUUCAAGGAGUUUGUUAAAAGGUUAGCAAUGGAUCCUCGCUGUAAAGGAAUGCCACUAUCAAGUUUUCUACUAAAGCCUAUGCAACGGGUAACCAGAUACCCACUAAUAAUUAAAAAUAUAAUAGAAAACACUCCGGAAAACCACCCAGACCACAGUCACUUGAAGCAUGCUCUUGAGAAAGCAGAAGAAUUAUGUUCUCAAGUAAAUGAAGGAGUGCGGGAGAAGGAAAAUUCAGAUAGGCUGGAGUGGAUCCAGGCUCACGUUCAGUGUGAAGGCCUGUCGGAGCAACUCGUAUUUAAUUCUGUUACAAACUGCUUGGGACCACGCAAGUUUCUGCACAGUGGGAAACUCUAUAAAGCCAAGAGUAACAAGGAACUGUAUGGCUUUCUGUUCAACGAUUUCCUCCUCCUGACUCAGAUCAUAAAACCUCUUGGCUCCUCUGGCACAGACAAGGUCUUCAGCCCCAAGUCUAAUCUACAAUACAAAAUGUACAAAACUCCCAUUUUUCUAAAUGAGGUACUAGUAAAAUUACCCACAGACCCUUCUGGAGAUGAGCCCAUCUUUCAUAUCUCCCACAUUGACAGAGUCUAUACACUCCGGGCUGAAAGCAUUAAUGAAAGGACUGCUUGGGUUCAGAAAAUCAAAGCUGCUUCAGAACUUUACAUAGAGACCGAAAAGAAGAAGAGGGAAAAGGCCUACUUAGUUCGCUCACAAAGAGCAACAGGCAUUGGGAGGUUGAUGGUGAAUAUUGUUGAAGGCAUUGAACUAAAACCUUGCAGGUCGCAUGGAAAGAGUAACCCAUACUGUGAGGUGACGAUGGGCUCUCAGUGCCACAUUACCAAGACGAUACAGGACACUCUCAACCCGAAGUGGAACUCCAACUGCCAGUUCUUUAUCAAAGACCUCGAGCAGGACGUGCUCUGCAUUACGGUGUUUGAGAGGGACCAGUUCUCCCCAGAUGACUUUUUGGGCAGAACAGAGAUCCGUGUGGCAGACAUUAAGAAGGAUCAGGGUUCAAAGGGACCAGUUACAAAGUGUCUCCUUCUGCAUGAAGUCCCAACAGGAGAGAUAGUCGUCCGACUAGACCUGCAAUUGUUCGAUGAGCCUUAGAAGGAAAGGGACCAAUGUUUUAUUUCGGUCUGAGUUCACUGCAAUAGGUGUCUCCAGAAGCUGUCACAAAAUCCUUAUUGGUGUGGUAUGAAACUACUGCUUGCCCUUCACACGUAAGAGGGUUAUCAAAGCAAACAGGAGCAUCUUUGUGCCUUGAUAAUUCUCACUGAAAAAUGAAUCCCAAUUUAGUGAGGAGAUCUCCCUCGAUUUCUCUACGUGGAACUUGAGGUUAGUUUCCUGGGUUUAUGAAAUAACCUAGUUGUUCAUUGCGCUCCAGUCUGAAAGGCUGGCAAACCACAUACAUAGGUUGCUGUGCUUGCUCCAGUUACUCUACUCUUUAAUUUACAUGAAGAAGGCAAGGUUGGUAUGUUUUGGAGGCUUUCUGCAGGGUUUUUCCCCUUAAGGAAUUCUGUGCCUAUUGCUCAGCAAAGUGGUGUGUAAAUGUAAUGUGAAUGGAAGGAGCAGUUAUGCGUUAAGAAGAUCUUUGAAGAUCUUCAUGGUGGUACUGAAAAGACUUAGAAAAUAAAUAGUCUAUAUCUAUA